UAAGGUAGCUUGUUAGUGUCCUCGAGCAAGCUAAUACUGGCAGAAACACGGCUAUUCUUUUAAAUACACUAUAUAUAUCUUCUUUUUUUUAAACAAUGGCUCUUGUUUCACACAGCCAGAAGGACACGAACGAAACCUACACCUUCUCCAGCCGGCCGAGACCUGUUGAGAACCGCUCCAAAUACAGAGAACCACCGACAGAAAAGGCAAUCAGCAGCAAUUAUGGAAACAUCAUGUAUGAUCGGCGUGUCAUCAGGGGAAACACUUACGCCCAACGCUUCAUGUCAGCUAUGGUGCAGGAUGAUCUGGUUGAAAUACAAAGACAGCAAGAGAUCAGGCGGAGAGCCGUGGCUCGAAAAAAGAAAAGCAGGGAGCCCCUGAGAUCUGCAACUCCAGAGGCCGUCGAAGGCAGAAAACACAAUGUCGUGCAAACAGAGCUUUACCUGGAAGAGUUGAGCUGCAUCAUAGAUGUUUCACACACUGAAUGCCAGACUGAUCCUCUCCUGGACAGACCGGCGUCUCCGCUUUUUAUACCUACCAAAUCUGGCGAAGAUGUUGCAACACAAGUUGAGGAAGGAGAGUUGUUUGACUUUGAUAGAGAGGUGCAGCCAUUGCUGGAGGUCCUAGUGGGGAAGACCAUUGAGCAGUCCCUCCUGGAGGUGAUGGAGGAGGAGGAGCUGGCUCGUCUGAGGGCCCAGCAGAGGGCCUUUGAGGAGCUCCGGAACGCUGAGCUGGCCGAGGUGCAACGGCUACAGGAGCAGGAGAGGCGUCGGCGGCAGGAAAAGGAGCGUAGGAUUGCCCAGCAGAGGGAGACAUUGAAGAGGGAGCAAGAGACAGUGGAGAAGAUUGCAGCCCGGGCCUACACCCAUCAUUACCUGGCUGACCUUGUACCCACUGUCUUUAAGUCUCUAAGGACCCACGGCUUUUUCCAUGACCCCGUGGAGAAAGAUAUUGAGACAAACUUCUUUCCAUGGCUGAUGGCCGAGGUUCACAGCAACUUGGACAAGAGAAAUACAGCGAGGCAGGUUUUAGACACAAUCAUCCAGGAUGUGGUCCAGAAAAAACUGCCACUCUACACACAAAUGGAGUCACAGCAGGAUGACAAGUAGAGGGAUGUAUUAUAAACGUAACCAACAAAAAAGAUCAUGAAUCCUUUUUUUUUUCUUCCAUUUUUGUGCUCCAAAAGCUCUUUCAUUCACCUUAUUUGUAGACUUGAGUAAACAGACAUUUGUCUCAGUCAUGCAGUGUUCAUACAUUAAAUACAUGCUUUAAUAUUAAACUAAUA